AAGUGAGUGCUCUGAUCAUGGAGUCGGCUUCUGGAUUCGACUGGUGGAUCCUCACUCUGCCUUUUUGCUCCCGGCAUCUGUCUGCUGAAGCCAACGAUCAUGCAUGGCGAUUUGUCGCUGCUGUGGCCAUUUUUGUUCUAGCUGCUGUCUCGGCGAUCCUGGCUUCCUGGUUUGUUCCUGGCGGCAAUGCAUGGGGAAGGACGCUGAAGAGGAAGCAGACGAUCCCGGGACCCCGAGGAUGGCCAGUGCUUGGAGUCUUGACUGAGAUGGGAGGCCAAGCUCAUCGCAAGUUGGCCGCGCUUGCCGAGAAGCACCAUGCAAAGGAGCUCAUGGCCUUCAGCCUGGGUAACACGAGGAUGAUCAUCACCAGCAAGCCGGAAGUAGCACGAGAGCUGCUCAACAGUUCCGAGUUCGCGGACAGGCCCCUCAAGCAGUCGGCUCAGCAGCUCCUCUUUGGACGAGCAAUCGGCUUCGCUCCCUAUGGAGAUUACUGGCGUAACCUGCGAAGGAUUGCCUCCAACUAUCUGUUCUCUCCACGCCAGAUUGCUGCUCACGAACCAUCUCGUCAGGCAGAGACAAGCAGGAUGAUCGAAGCCAUGAGUACCUUUGCAGCAGACAACCACGGCCUUGUCCGAGUCCGGGACUUUCUCCAGCGAGCUUCGCUCAACAAUAUCAUGCAGACGGUGUUCGGCAGGAGGUUCGAGGAUGGCUCUGAAAAUGCUGCUCAGCUUUCUGAGAUGGUGAGGGAAGGAUUCGAGCUGCUCGGUGCAUUCAACUGGGCCGAUCACUUGCCAGCUCUCAAGGCAGUCGAUCCCCAGAACAUCCUCCAGCGGUGUGCCGUUUUGGUUCCCCGCGUGACGAGCUUUGUGCAGAAUAUCAUCGACGAGCAUCGUCAGCUCGACAACAAAGCUGCUGGGCCGGACUUCGUUGAUGUGCUUCUCUCACUUGAUGGCGAAGACAAGCUCAACGAUUCCGACAUGAUCGCAGUCCUCUGGGAGAUGAUUUUCCGAGGCACUGACACCGUUGCUCUCCUCACCGAGUGGAUUCUCGCGGAGCUCGUCCUCCAUCCUGAAAUCCAGAGCAAGUUGCGUGAGGAGAUCGCUAGCGUAGUUGGAGGAAAAUCCGAAGUUGCCGAGUCUGACCUCCACAAGAUGGUGUACCUCCAAGCCGUUGUAAAGGAGACUCUUCGGAUGCAUCCUCCGGGUCCCUUGCUCUCUUGGGCUCGGCUUGCGAUUCACGACGUAACCUUGGCCGGUCACCACGUCCCUGCAGGCACCACGGCCAUGGUAAACAUGUGGUCCAUCACUCACGAUUCAUCCAUCUGGACCGAGCCUGAGAAGUUCAGCCCGGAGAGAUUUCUGGAGCAGGACGUCGACGUGAAAGGAACUGACUUACGUCUCGCUCCAUUCGGAGCUGGUCGCCGAGUGUGUCCCGGACGAGCUCUCGGCCUCGCUACUGUUCUUCUCUGGACGGCUCGGUUGGUUCACAAGUUUGAGUUCCAGGUCGACCCAGCCCAUCCCGUUGAUCUCACCGAAGUUCUCAAGCUGUCCAGCGAAAUGGCUGCACCACUGGUGGUAAAAGUGAGAUAGUUAGUCUCCAGCAAAAAAAUGUGGCAAAGAG